GAGUAAAAGUCCCUCGCAAUUUCCGACUGUUGGAAGAACUCGAAGAAGGCCAGAAAGGAGUAGGAGAUGGCACAGUUAGCUGGGGUCUAGAAGAUGACGAAGACAUGACACUUACAAGAUGGACAGGGAUGAUAAUUGGGCCUCCAAGAACAAUUUAUGAAAACCGGAUAUACAGCCUUAAAAUAGAAUGUGGACCUAAAUACCCAGAAGCACCCCCCUUUGUAAGAUUUGUAACAAAAAUUAAUAUGAAUGGAGUUAAUAGUUCUAAUGGAGUGGUGGACCCAAGAGCCAUAUCAGUGCUAGCAAAAUGGCAGAAUUCCUACAGCAUCAAAGUUGUCCUGCAAGAGCUCCGGCGCCUAAUGAUGUCUAAAGAAAAUAUGAAACUCCCUCAGCCGCCCGAAGGACAGUGUUACAGCAAUUAAUCACCAAGAAAACCACAGGCCCUCCCCUCCCCCAUUCGAUUUAAGCAGUCUUCAUUUUCCACGGUAGUACAUUUUUUAGAUAACGUCUUGUAGACCUCAAAGUACUGGACAGGAAGCUCCCAUUCAAGGGCAAGUUAUCUUAAGACACUGUACAUGAUACUAAUGUUUUGUCCAUUUGAAAUAUAUAAGUUGUGCUCUAACAAAUCCUCCGAUCAAGUGUAACCACUGUCCAUGUAGGUGAACUCCUUCCCGGGAUCAAGAACGUCUAUUUAAAUUGAUCCCCAUCCUACCUGGUGGGGCACAUCUAACUCAACUGUGAAAAGACACAUCACACAAUCACCUUGCUGCUGAUUACAUGGCCUGGGGUCUCUGCCUUCUCCCCUUUCCCUCCCCCUAGCGACAUCCUCCUCCCUGCAUCAGCCAGCCCUGCAGCUGGGGGCUUCUCAGAUUAGAUGUGAAGGGUUCAGGUUGCAGCCGAUGGGACUACUGCUGGGUGUGCAGGGGGCCUACGUCUUUAAUAAUGCCCCCCAUUCCAAGCCAUCCUCCCCCACUCUCCUCCACUACCACCCUCGGCGGGAGCUUAGAUUAUAAACCCCCCACCCUCCUCUCUGAAAUUGGCCUUUGGUGAGGAAUUCAGGGCUUUCCCCAUAUCUUCCCUCCCCCCACCCCCCACACACCUGAGGCGUUUCCUUCCUCUUCCCAGAGUUCCUCCCUGCACCGAUCACCUCCCCACCCCCUCCUUGGCACCUCCUUGCUUUGGCCAGAAGUCAUCAGGUAAGGUUGCAUAGAGUCGGGCGUUCCCUCCCCACCAGCCUGGGACGUGACUACAGGCUCCUCCUCGCCUGCCACCUUCUGUGUGCUGUGCUCGGCAACCGUGCGUUGUUUGCUCAGGUUGUGUUGUGGCAAGAACACUCCCCAGGGUUGCUCAGACCUGCCCGCCUGCCCACAAGGUCCUUGGUAGUUACCCUCAGAGAAAGGCCACACGGAGACCCUUGUGAGCACACCGGAGCCCUCCGAAUGUUUUCUUGUCAUUGCUUUGCUUUUAAAAAUGGAAGACGUUUUAAACAGGGCUUUCACUUGGUCCUUGCUAGCCUGGGGGCUCUAACUUGGAGUCUGACAACUGGAACAAAGAGAACCUCAGAUUCGGGGCGUGCUUUGGUUCCGUGCAGCAGCUGCUCCCAGCCCGUAGCAGGGACGGAAAGAACUCGGUGUGCAUGGCAGGUCCCUGACAUUGUCGGCCCUGACGACCUGCUGUCUUCCCCCACUGUUCGGGACGGGUGGUGAGGGCGGGCGGGCGGGCGCACACCAAGGUCUCUGGGGCACCAGGUGCUCUGCAGGGCCUGCUGUGGUUUUCCCUCGUUUACUUUCGUGUUGGGGAAAAAAAACCUUUUGAGUCAGGAACUAUCAAGUCUGAAAAGCAAUUAAUGUUUCCAUUCAUCAUUUUCUGAGGAAAAUCUUUGUUCUAAGGAUUUAAAAUCCCCUGAGUAAAGUUUUAACAAGUAUUCAUUCCAUAAGCAGCCCUUUUUUUGUCAGACCAUUGCCUGGUUUUAAUAUAAUUUUUAAAAAGGUGUAUGCUAACAUUUAAGAGGCUCUGCCCGUCUUCCUCUUGGCAUAUUACUUUAGGAGAAUUUUGUGCCCCGGAUGUUUUGUUUCGUCCUAAUACAGGGCCUAGCAAACUGUUCUCCAACAUCUGCCUCAGUUGGCCAGGACCUGGCCCUUGUGGCCCCAGAGGCAAAGUUGAACGGGUGAUGUAAGAGAAGAUAAACCUCCACCGUGUUUAAAUGAAAUUCAAAACAGAAUAAUUGGGUGUGAUUUUUAGUGAGAUCAUGUUAGAGGCCUAUAAGGAUAAUGGAUUUGUUUUUAAUGAUCAUUUGCUGAAUUGAGUUCAAAGUUACUGCCCUGUGUGUGACCAGCCCACCUGCAGACGUUCUUCUGUAAAACUUGUUCUUUUAUUUGCCGGGCUGGACAACACCAGACGUGGGGCUGGAAUUGGCUCCCGGACCAUCUCUCAUUUGCCCAAGCUCUGUCCUAAAAGAUACUGAGGAGGAGACAAAGCCCUUCCCUUGGUUUAAGUAGCCUGAGGGACUCUCGCUAGUCAGUCUCCACUGACAGCUGGGCGUGGUAGCCUGCUAGGAGAGGAGCCUGCGUAGGUUUUCCCAGGCAUCCUGGUGCCUGGACGAAGGAUUGAGAGUGUGUGUACCAUGUGCCCACUGAGGAGCGGAUGCUAAUUCCCUGCUGCCGGCAGGCAGGACUGGGGUAUUGUGGCAGGAGUGGGGCUGGCCCUUCUGACUGCUGUGGCUCUGGCUCGGGUUGCUCAUGCUCAGGCCAUGCUCCCUGAGUGCUCCCCAAGAAUGCCCAGCGACCCUCUAGGCAGAGCGCUGUCCCCAUGCCCUGAGAGGGGCUGGGCCAGGGACCUUCAUGGAUGGGCUUUCUUCACCCAAAGCCCCUCUCCCAACAGAGGAGAGAGGCACAGGAGGUUCUAACGUGGUUUCAGAAUACUGGCCAAUUCAAGAUGGAGCUGAAAGGUGGGCAGCCCCCCUUCUGUACUGAGAGACCUCCAGGCAGGUGCUUCCCUUCUUAGAGGCUUAGAACCCAGCCUGGGGCUUGGGGAUCUCUACUCUACACCUGAGAGCGCACACCCCUCACCCCUCACCCCCUCCCCCAGCCGUGUGAAUCUGAUCUGUGCUUGUAGUUCCACAGCUGUGGGAUUCUCAGCUCUGGCUUCCCCAGUGGUCCAGUUCUACUCAAGGGGGACCACGUCUGACUGAGGUUCCCUGAGAGCACUGCUUUGUCUUAGAGAGCACCUGUCUCCACCCAGCCGGCCUCUCCUGUUCUAGCCCACUGUGUAGAACUGGGAGGGGCUGGUGCCGGAAGGUCUCUGUUGGGACCUGACACAGGUGCAGGGGGCGGUGGGUGCAAAAAGCCCCUUCUGGUUGAUGGGCAGCCCAGUCAUGAGACAGCCCCCUGAUCCUGAGGUGGAGGCAGGUCCCCGAGCCAUGUCCCUUUGGGGUGGGGGUGCUGUGGGCUACACUGCUGCCUUUGAUUGUGAUGUACAGAGAUGUGGAUGGAAUUAAAUAAAUGGAACAGACCCUG